GCGCAGUAAAAACUAGAACCCUGCUCGUGCUCCAGCUUUCCGAAUUCUGAGAUCCGACACCCGACGGCGUCCUCAGCGGCUUUCUCUUCUCUACUUCGCGCACGGAACAUUUUCCCCUUCAUCUUUCAGUCUCGCAGGAGAGGAUCUUUAUAGGGCUUUGCGGCUUCAUUGAAGGUUCUUCUACUUGGUCUUAAUUCCGUGGAGAUUUGAUGCUUUAGGGAUUUUGAGAUGAGCAAUCUUUCAAAUAUUUUCUCUAUUCUGGAAGUGGAUGCUGAAGAUGAUAAAGAACAGAUAAUUUCUAUCGCAGUUGCCAAAGAUGCAAAAAAGGAUAAAAAAUCAGUACUUCUCCUAACAGAUGUGACAAAGACUAAAAAUCAAAGGCCAAGGGAAAAUACAAACACGAGAGAUGAUAAAGUAGAACAACAAACAUUUGCAUCACCUUCAGAAGACUACAGAAUGCCUCUUGUGUGGAUUGACUUGGAAAUGACAGGUUUGCAUAUUGACGUUGAUCAGAUAUUGGAGAUUGCAUGUGUUAUAACAGAUGGUAAAUUAACCAAAUCAGUUGAUGGUCCAGAUUUGGUUAUUAAACAACCAAAAGAGUGCUUGGACAAGAUGGGAGAAUGGUGUCGUGAUCAUCAUGCAGCAAGUGGUUUGACAGAGAGAGUGUUAAAAAGUACAGUAACAGAAGCAGAUGCGGAAAAUCAAGUUAUAGACUUUGUGAAGAAGCAUGUGGGUUCACAAACUCCACAGUUGGCUGGAAAUUCUAUUUAUAUGGAUUUUCUCUUCUUGAAGAAGUAUAUGCCUUCUCUGGCUGCCAUGUUUUCUCAUGUGCUAGUUGAUGUUAGCAGCAUUAUGGCUUUAUGCAUCCGUUGGUUUCCAAAAGAGAAGAAAAACGCACCAGAAAAGACUCAACGGCAUAGAGCUAUGGAUGACAUCAAGGAGAGCAUCAAUGAAUUAAAAUAUUACAAACAAGCCAUCUUCAAAGCACCAAACAACGCCAAGUACAGACACUGAUGAUUUGUUUACGCCAUGUGUUGGAGGGGGGAAAUUAAGUUAUUGGCAAGUCAAGGGGAGUCUGGUACCAAGUUUCUUUUCCCUCUCGUUACCCAGGAUCCAGGAGUGUGUUAAUAUCACUAAAAGGUUGUUUUGGAUCGUUUAUAUACAGAUUACUGUUGUAAUGCGAAUCUGAAUGCUAUGGAUUAAGACACUGUCAUAAUAUAAUCAUUACGUUGCUAAUAAACGUUACCGCUUAAACGAUGCGCAGCGUUAAAAUAUUCAAA